UUCUCUUCUUUUCUUAACAACACAAAGACAUUAAUCUGUUUUGAGUUUGGUUUCUUUUAUCUAAAUGCCAAAACCCAUGAUCAUCUACAUGUAAUCUCACCGUAACUAACCUAAACCAUCUCGAUCUCCCUAACCAUGUCCCGUGAAUCCACCCCUGCUUCUCCGAUCCCUUCCCCGCAACACCAACAACCAAACGACCUUACCCCUAAUCCCCAAAACGACACCCACUCCUCUCAAAACGACACCACCACUACAACUACAACUACAACUACAACAACUGCCCCAAUUAAUAGAAGCAACCGCCCCUCCCGCGCGUGCACUCUACGUACUGCUCAACGCCUCUACGCCGCGGCUCAGGCCCAGGCCGUGAUCGAGCGCAAACCCAAGAAGAAGGAGCAGCGAGAGAGGUUAGAUGAGUCGCCGCAGCAUCAACAGCAAUGUAGCGCUAAUAGUAAAAUAGUAACUCCCUUAGUGGGAUCCCCUCCGCCGUCUCAGUUGCCACGAUGGAGUCUGCGGGCCAUGUGGGAGUUAGCUUCCAUACUCAAUUUCUUGCAUGUUUUUAGGCCUUUAUUGAAUAUAACGGCUGAGUUUUCGGCGGAGGAGUUCGAGACGGCCUUGAUUACUCCCAAUGAUACUUUGAGUGACAUACAUAUACCAAUUUUAAAGGCAAUCCCUCCUAUCACACGAAUGGCCCUCACACGUGAUACUUGGGUCACUGUUUUAUGCAGAAAAUUAAGAGACUGGUGGCAUUGGGUUGCAGAAGGGGAUCUUCCUAUCAUUGCUUCACAUGGGUUGGAGAUUGAAACAUAUAAGACUCUUGAUCCUGGAGUUCGUGUGGUGAUCUUGAAGGCACUAUGUGAUAUUCGUGUUGAGCAAGAAGAUAUCCGGAAUUACAUUGACAACUCAGUCAAACAUGGACUUCAGCUUUCAGCGUUUCGCAAAGAACGGAUUGGGGGUGAUUCAUAUGGAAUUAAUUAUUGGUAUGAAGAUGAUCCGGUAAUAGGCCAUCGGUUGUACAGGGAAAUAAGAAAGGUUGAGGUGAAGAAAGCAAAAACAAAGGGCUCCAAUGUCCUUCCAAAUGCAACAUACCAGUGGGAAACUGUUGCUACUAAUUUGGAAGAAUUUCAAGAUGUUUCUGAAAAGCUUUUUUCAAGUAAAAAUCGAACUGAGGUUUCUCUCGGAAAGAAGUUAAAGAAUGACAUGCUUCCAGAAAUUGAGAAGGAACAUAAGAGAAAAGAGAAAUUGCUGAAAAAGCAACACCGACAAGCCCUGCUUCUUGAUAACUUCCUGAAUGUGGAUGGGCUUGGUCCAGGACGUUCACUUCGUGACAGAAAACCAGUCACUUAUACCUUUGAUGAUUAUGACCGGUCGAUUAACGAGGCCAUCAAGAUAACCAAGCGGAAACCACCAUCCCCAGAGUCUCUUCAAAGAAGAGAACUUGGUUCCAAGCCUGAAGCUUCCACAAAUGGUAAAUGGAGUGAUCCUUUACAGGCCUCUGAACAUGGCAGUUUUACUGCGCUGUCCCCUAAUUCACCCAAUUAUGAUGAGAAUGACGAAGAUCAUAAAAAUGAAGAAUUAGACCGAGGCAAUCGGCGAAGACAGAGGCCUGAACGAUAUUCAGGGAAAGACUUUGUUGAAGCGGUUUCAGAUAAUGAGGCAUAUUUUGACAGUGAUGAUGAUAUAGUUGGAGAAGUUGUGUAUGAUGAAGAAUAUCUGAAGAAACGGAAACAAAGGAGAAAACUGUCCAGCAGCUCUGAAGGGGAUGAGGAGUAUCAUUGGGAUGAAGAAAAUGCUGAAGAUGAUGAGGAGGAGGAGGAAGAAGAUUCCUUGAGUAUCAGUGAGGACAGUGAUGAGCCCCAAAAGUUUAAGAAAUUGCCAGGUCGUACUCGAAGGGAAACUAAAUUAAGGUCAGUAGACGAGCUGCAGUCAGGUCUAAGACGAAGUAAAAGGGCUAAUAGAAACCGCAUAAAUUACAGGCAGUAUGAGCUGUCAGACUCAGAAACAGAGUCAGCGAAACCUGAUAAGUCAAAUGCAUCAGAUGAACACUCAAAUGGGAGUGAAAAUGCAGAAUAUUCAACUGGUAGUCAAGAAUCUGAUGGCCAUGAAGAUGAGCAGGAAGUAAAAGUUGAUCAACCUGUUGAAGGUUAUGCUGAGACAGGUGAGAAAGAGCCAAACCAGCCGCCACCUGAGAAACCAAAUAGCCCAGGGCAAGGUGAAGUUGAGGGUGGUGUAAAAAAGAGACGUUUCCUUGACCUAAAUGAGCUUGCUCCUGUUUCUGGUUUUGAUGAUGGUCCAAACUCUAUAAAAGAUGAUGGUACAGAUGAUUUUUAAAGUUUCCUUCUCUGCUGAAAGCACGAGGUGUAUUUUUCUCUCAGGGAAGCUUAGUGUACGAUAGAACUAUAAAUUUUGCAUCUAGUCAUGGUGGAAUUUAUGGUCAGAGCCCUUCCAUGGCUUAAUUUAAGCUAAUACUGGCAUGCAAUUCUAUUAUAGAUUUGCAGGGGGGAGCAACAAGAUGCUGAGAGUUAUGUAGUUUAGGUAGUCAUUUUUUAGUAUGUCUACAUUCAAAGAAACCUACGAAAGGUGGAUGAGGAAUCCAUUGAGAGUUAUUUAGCUUAUCCAAUUAAUGUACAAUAACCUUUUAACUAAUAUUGUAGCUGAAAAAUCUGGCUUUUAGAUGUUGAAGCCAUGUAGUUGAUGCCAUGAAUCAUGAUCAUGAGGUGAUCUUCUUGGGCUUUUGGGUUGGUUGGGUCUGUUGAUUAAAAAAAAAAAAAAAAUUCAGAAUUUCUUUUCUUUGUUGUAAUGGAACGAAACCAUCCUCCCUCAAAUGGUAACUAUUGUCUCUCACCAGUUUAACAAUUUUCUACUCUCAAGUAACUUUUGUUGUAAUAAUGCUUAUGCACCUGGAUUUGUAGUGCCUGGUUUCAUGUUA